GACGUGGAUGAGUUUUCCCAGGACACGCCAGAAGUGCCUUUACGGAGUGUAUUUAAUAAAGAGCAAAUCCUGAUUCUGUAACAAUUCCGAUCAUUCUGCACAUUCACAUCCUGUAGAACAGCAACAGAAAGAUAAAUUGGAUAUAUAUGUGUUCUAUCCCAUGGGAUUUGCUAACCAAACCUAACAAAAAGCCUCUGUUUCCCUGCGAUUGCUCUCCCUGGAAUGGCCUCCAAGGUGAGGUCCUUUGGGAGUUCACGCAGAGGAGGGGCUCAGAGCCUGGCCCAGGUUUUAGAGCAUCCAAAUCCAUGGAGGGAGCAGCUGGGAGCCGCUCCCGGGAUUCCUGGCAGCUCCUGCCCCGGCCAGAGGAGCACCUGGGCAGCCCUGCUUUGUGGAGGCCGUGGAUGCUCACAGCAAGGGAUGGGGAGGCCACGGAGAACCAACCAAUGUCAGAAUUGGAUGGUCAGCUGAGAAAUUGUAGAGCCACAGGAGCCCUGGGAUUCCAACAUCCAGUGAGACUUUAUUUGCCCAAGUCCAAAUCCCAGAAGUUUCUUGAUGACAUUGGAGAGAAGGUUCUGGCAAGUUUUCCUGUGCAAGCCACAAUUCAUUUCUACAAUGAUGAUGCUGAGUCUGAGGAAGAGGAAGAAAAGACAAGCUCACCCUAAUGAGGUACAGCCCUGAAAAACACCAAAUCCACAUUAAAAAAGUGAAGAGAUAAAAAAAGAACUGUUGGGAAUGGAUGGACAAACAUCUGAGCAAGCAGAGAAAUACAGCAAUGCCCAAAAGAAAACUAUUUAUAAUUCUCUUUCCAAGGGGAAUGAUGAGUCAAUGCACUGGAAAAUGGAAGGAAAUCCUGUCAUGUUUUCAGAGACUUUCAAAUAAAACCCUGAAGCUGAACAAAAGAUUGUAAGAUUUAAAUCACAUUGGUUUAAGUAACACAGAUAAAGAACAUUAAGAGCACUGGACUGAGUCACUCAUUACUUUAAACACUGCAGUCCUGAUAAAGUAAAAAUUGGAUUGAUUACGAGGCUGAAUAAUACAAUAAAUAGCCCCAAAAGAAGCCAAAGGCUUUGAAACACAUUGAAAUUAAGCAAGGAAUUCUUUAAAAUGCAGAGACUGUUGCUUAUUGGCUCCAUGGGAUGUAUUUAUUCUGCCAGAAAUGCUGCAUGCCCAGCUGGCCUCAUCCAUCUCCAGUACAACCCACGCAGUUGAGAUAUUUUCUGGGGUGCUGCCAUUCUCUUGUUAUCAGACUUUUCCCCCUGUAAUCUUCUGCCAGCCAGAAAAAAAACCCAGCCUUGAUUUAAACCCAUGAUUUCAUUUAAUGACACAUUAAAACUUGCAUU